GCAUAAAUGUUAGAGUCCACAUGGCUUGAUUAUCAUAAUGUACAAGUUACUUAUAGAGAUUUGCAUGUAACGCAAUUAAAUAGACGAAAAAUACAUGAACAACCUUCAGCCGUUUGUUCCUUUAUCGAUUAGUUGAAAAUUCGCGACGAAAGGUUAUUCAGUCCAGUCUUGCGGUGAAAAUGAAACCCUGGACAUUCUUAAUGGUAGCUUGGUUUUGCAUGGUGUCAUCGGCCGUUCACGUACCGGGUAUAGUUCAGGGACAGCAUAACGAAAUAUAUGCAAAGGAAGAAAACUUGGAGCCCGAAACUACACCAAGAGACUACGCUUUCAAUACAACAAACAAUUCGAACUUCACUUGUGUAAACGAGGAAGACAAUUUUCCAUCCUUUCUCACACCACAGCAGCAAAAGAAUGGUGGCAUCAUAAUAUGUGUAUUGAUUAUUAUGUACUUUUUUACGCUGCUGACUAUAAUAUGCGAUAAAUAUUUUUUACCCGCUAUCGAACACCUAUGUGAAGUGUUACAUCUCUCCCCGGAUGUGGCUGCAGCCACCUUCAUGUCCAUAGCAACAUCAUGCCCAGAGUUAUUUACCAAUAUUAUAGCUACCUUUGUAACGAAUUCCGAACUUGGUAUUGGUACCAUAGUAGGUUCUUCUAUGUUCAAUUCACUAGGAGCGGCAGCGAUAGGAUCCUUAGCAGCUAUUUCAAAAAUUCAGUUGGAUUGGUGGCCAAUCACCAGAGAUGUUUUCGUUUACAUGAUAACAGUAUCAUUAUUAGCAGGAAUAAUAUGGGAUGGAUACAUAUAUUGGUACGAAGGGAUAGCUUUAUUCGUGGCUUUCCUCGUUUAUUUUGUAAUCAUGUUCCAAAACCCCAGAAUAUCCCGAUUUGUUAAAAAACUUGCAGCAAAAUUCCAAAGUAAAAAUGAUGUUUCCGGCAACCCUGGCAACAGUUACCAGGUCGAAAAAGACGAAUUAGAGAUAAAACACCACAAUAAAGAGACAGUGGAGUCGUCUGAAGAGACGGAGAAUGAUAUCUUUAAAAUUCCUCAAGGAGGGAUUUGGACCAAAUUUAUCUUCUUCUACUGUUGGCCAAUCAGGGUUAUUCUUCUUUACACAACACCCGAUCCUGAGGAACAUCCCAAACUUUUUCCGAUCACAUUUGUGAUAUGUGUAAUUUGGUUUGCGUUCAUUUCUUAUGUAGUUACGUGGAUGAUUACCAUCAUUGGUACAACUCUGGGUAUUCCACCCGCAGUUCAAGGGUUGACGGUGUUAGCAGCUGGGGGAUCACUGCCAGAAUCAGUAUCUCUUGCUCUUCUUUCCAGAAAAGGUGAAGGCAAGAUGGGUAUAUCCAACUCCCUUGGUGCCAAUUCCAUGAAUGUGCUCUUUUCUCUUGGACUGCCUUGGUUCUUCAAGACGAUCCUGAUGGGCACCAAUGAACAUUCCUACAUAUAUAUAGAUUCCAGUACAAUAGCUUACACGGUAAUGGCCCUGAUAUUCGCUGCGUUCUUCUUGUAUGUCGCGAUGUUUAUCAACAAAUUUCGGCUCUCUAGGACUAUAGGAAUUGUACUAUUGAUAACUUACGUAAUUUGCGUUGUGGCGGCAUGCGUCAGUGAAGUGGUUCUCUUCCCGAAAGUGUGUUCAUAAAAAAGAUUUGAAAUUGGAAACUCCUGAUUGUAACGCAAAUGUGAUUCUUUAUACAAAUUUAAGAAGUAUUUGUGGUACAUGUUUAUAUAGUAUAUUCUUUACAAUAAUUAGAGAAAGUCAGUUCUUUUGGCAUCCCGCAGGGUUCGGUGGUGGGACCAAACCUGUCUUUGCUGUACAUAAUCGUUACUGGGAUUAGAUCUGGGUUCGUUCUAAGAUUGUUCUAAUGAUAACAUAUCGGAUAAAAAAAAAUUCAAAAUUAAAAUUAAGAAUGAAUCCCAAAAAUGAUUAAAUGAGAUCAAAGACUAACCAAAGUAUAAAUUUAUAUUUUAAAUAAAAAAUUAAGUGACACAAAUGUUUAUUGUUCUCUUUUCAUGUUCUCCUGUUAUUAGGGUUCUAUAUUAUAGAAGAGUCCUCUCCCA